UCCAUUUCUCCAGCUGAAACCAUGGCUGAAGGAAUUCUGUUUCAUGUUGCUGGGGAGAUCUUGAUGAAACUAAGCUCUGAAGCUUCCCAACAGCUUGGGAUGCUAUGGGGACUCAAGAAUGAUCUUACCAAACUCACCAACUCUGUUUCGACCAUCAAGGCGCUGCUACUCGAUGCCGAGGAGCGUCAAACUAAAAGCCACUCGGUAAAGGAUUGGCUAGAGAAGUUGAAAGAAGCUCUUUACGAUGCUGACGAUGUGCUUAACGAAUUCUCUUACGAGUCUCGUCGUCGAGAAGGGAUGACUAGAGAAAAAAUGGUCAAACAAGUAAGGAUUUUCUUCUCCAAAUCUAACCAGAUUGCAUUUGAUUAUAGGAUGGCGCGUAAAAUAAAACAUGUUAGGGAGAGGCUAGAUUCUAUUGCUGCUGAUAACAACCAGUUUCAUUUUAGUGAGAAACUUGAACAGAAGGCUCAACAUGUUUCAUUGGAUCAAAUUAGGGAGAGAGAUGAUACUUCCUCUUUUAUUAAUGAAGAGGAAGUCAUUGGAAGGGAUGAUGAUAAGAAAGUAGUAAAAAACUUUUUAGUGGAUAUGAAUGUCAAAGACAAUAUUUCAUUCAUUACAAUAGUUGGAAUUGGUGGAAUGGGCAAAACGACCUUAGCUAAAUCUCUCUACAAUGAUAGACAAGUAUCAGAAUGUUUCGAGCUAAAAAUGUGGAUUUGUGUUUCUUAUCAAUUUGACGUAAAAACAAUAGUGGAAAAAAUAAUAGAAUCCGCAACUAACAGCAAUCCUAAAGUAGGAGGGAUGGAAUCCUUACAAAUCCAGCUUAAAAAAGUGAUUCAAGGAAAGAAAUAUCUAUUGGUUAUGGAUGAUAUAUGGAAUGAAAGCGAAGAAAAAUGGUUUCACUUGAAAAAUUUGUUAAUUGGUGGCGCAAGAGGGAGUAAGAUUAUGAUCACAAAGCGUGAUAGUAAACGAGUGUUGGAGAUCGCUAACUUGACCACUUUGUUCACUUUAAAAGGCUUAUCUGAGAGUAAUUCUUGGUCGUUGUUUAGAAAAGUAGCAUUUAAAGAAGGCAAAGAACCAACAAAUCUGAACUUGAUACAACUCGGAAAAGAAAUUUUAGUGAAGUGUAGAGGCGUCCCUCUUGUAAUAAGACACAUAGGACGCAUGUUAUAUUCUAAAACAUCAGAAGAAGAGUGGGUAUCCUUCCAAAAUAAUGAACUUUUGGAACUCGUCCACCAAGAAAAUAAUAUGACAUCCAUAUUAAAAUUGAGCUACAACCACCUCCCACCAAAUUUGAAAUUGCUUCCAAAUUCUAUAUCCGAAUUGCUAAAUUUGCAAACACUAAAUCUAAAGGAUUGUUAUGCACUAAAGGAACUGCCAAGUGAUACCAGCAAGCUCGAAAAUCUUAGGCAUCUUGACAUAGAUAAUUCCAUCCAUCUCACCCAUAUGCCAAAAGGAAUGGGAAAGUUGAGCUGUCUACAGAAAUUAAGUUUAUUUGUGUUGGGGAACAAUGGACAUGGAAGCAAGCUAAGGGAACUGAAUGGACUGAAGGAUUUAAGAGGACAAUUGCGUAUUAAAGGUUUAGAGCAAUUGAGGAGUUGUACUGAAUCUGCAUCUGACGCUGGCUUAGCAAUCUUGAAAGACAAAAAAGGGUUGCGAGAUUUGAAACUAGAAUGGAAUUUAAGCUACACAUUGGGAGCUGGGGAAUGUGCUACUGAUGAAAAAGUGUUGGAAGAGCUAGAGCCACAUCCAAGUGUUGAAUCGUUGCGCAUUACUGGGUAUUGUGGACUAGAAUUACCCAACUGGGUGUCCACCCCGCUGAUGAAGUUAACUCAUGUUGCUAUUGUUAAAUGUGUAUAUUUAAGGAGCUUACCAGAAUGGAUCAGUGGCCUCGUUUCGCUUCGAGAGCUGGAGAUUAACAGAUGUCCAGAACUAAACUCACUGCCGGAGGGAAUGCAACAACUCAAAUCUUUGUAUCGUCUUCGCAUAACGGGGUGCUUUGAACUAGAACAGAGAUGCAAGAAGGGAGGAGAGGAUUGGCCUAAGAUUGCACACGUCCCCCAUAUUUCGCGAUAUUGAUGUUGUUUUUCAGGUGCUGCGAAUACACCGAUGAAGGCAGUAGAAAAAGAUUGUACAUUUCUAUCCAGUAUCCUUGAAAUUUUGUCUUGCUUAUAGUUAAAAAGUGGGUAUCUCUAAAUUUCAUCUAUGAUUGUUGUAUAACAUGUAGCUUUGACAUGUUUAUAAAUUGUGUAGUGUUGUGUAUUGUAUUGACAAAUGAAUAAAAUCGUUUGGUAUUUGAAUGAG